UCUACUCCCCUUCUCGCCCGCCGCCUCUCCCUUUCCCUCGCCGCCUCUUGCAGCCUCUCCGACGCCCCUCUCCGCCGUCUGUCCUUCUCCGAUCGUCGCCGUGGCCGCAUCCUCCAAGUCAGAUGCAUUGCUACCCCGGCAGAAGCGACAGCAGGAUUUGACGAGAUGGCUGCUGGUGUUCAGAGAAAAUAUUACAUGCUUGGUGGAAAAGGAGGUGUAGGAAAAACAAGUUGUGCGGCUUCUCUUGCUGUUAAGUUUGCAAAUCAUGGCCAUCCUACCAUUGUGGUUUCAACUGAUCCUGCUCACUCUCUAAGUGAUUCUUUUGCACAAGACUUGAGUGGAGGAAAUUUGGUGCCUGUUGAUGGAUUGGAUUCUCCACUAUAUGCACUUGAGAUAAAUCCUGAGAAGGCCAGAGACGAAUUCCGCAGUGCAAGUCAAAAAAAUGGAGGUACUGGAGUUAAAGAUUUUAUGGACAGUAUGGGUCUUGGAAUGCUUGCUGACCAGCUAGGAGAACUCAAACUAGGAGAGUUACUGGACUCACCUCCCCCAGGGCUGGAUGAAGCAAUUGCAAUCUCAAAGGUUAUGCAAUUUGUUGAAUCACAAGAAUAUAAUAUUUUUAGUCGUAUAGUAUUCGAUACUGCUCCUACAGGCCAUACUCUUAGGCUUUUGUCCUUGCCUGACUUUUUGGAUGCAUCCAUUGGCAAAAUCUUGAAGUUAAGGCAGAAAAUAGCUUCAGCAACAUCAGCUAUUAAAUCUGUCUUUGGGAAAGAAGAAUCUCAGGCGGAUGCUUCUGGCAAGCUAGAGCAACUAAGAGAGAGGAUGGUCAAAGUGCGAGAGCUGUUCCGCGACACAGAGUCGACUGAAUUCAUUAUUGUAACAAUCCCUACGGUCAUGGCUGUUAGUGAAUCAUCGAGACUGUGUGGUUCCUUGAAGAAAGAAAGUGUACCUGUCAGAAGGCUUAUUGUCAAUCAGGUUCUACCGCCAUCUGCAUCAGACUGCAAGUUUUGCUCUAUGAAAAGGAAGGACCAAAUGCGUGCCCUUCAGAUGAUCCAAAGCGACCCUGAACUCAUGAAUUUGAAUUCAAUCCAAGCACCAUUAGUUGAUGUUGAGAUUAGGGGUGUACCUGCUCUGAGAUUUAUGGGUGAGAUGGUCUGGAAGUGAAGUGACACUCAGGUGAAAGAGUCAUCUUGGUUUUAGAGUUUUGCAGAAGAUAGGCGAUUGCUCUGCCAUUACUGGCAGAUACCAUCACCGUUAUUCAAGUCCUCAGUAUGGAUUCCUUGCUGCUACGACAAUAUGAGCAAAAUUUUAAAGGUCUCCCAGCUUUAAAAGAUGUGGCAAAUGUUCAUUACAUCAGAAUCAGAUCUUUCUGUACCCAAUAGGGUGUUCAGAAUUUUUUUUUCCUUUUGUGAAACUUGUUUAUACCGUAUUAUAGGACUACAUUCUGUUUUUAAAAUUUUGUCAUGUAGUCAGACCAUUGUGACUCCUAUAUCAUCUCAUAGUUUUCUUGUGCUUGUGUUAUAUUGAUGGAUUUGUUCUUGAAGAUAAAGCGAUGUAA